AUGGGUUUGUUUUCAUUUGAUGGUGGCAAAAAGGAAUCACAACCCCCUAACACCCGUUCGCAGAGGAAACUGUGCUGGGAGUCAAGGGACGCAUUCUUCCAGUGUUUAGACAAGGCGAACGUCUUGGAUGCAAUGGACCCCAAGAACAGCAAGAGUAUAAACUCCCAGUGCAAGGCGGAAAAUGAAAAAUUUGAGGAGAAUUGUGCCCACAGUUGGAUCAAGUAUUUUAAGGAGAAGAGGGUCAUCGACUUUAAGAGGGAGGAGGCCAUCAAGAGGAUCGAGCAGGAAGCUAAACAGAGAGAACAAAACCAGUGA